AAAUCAAAACAAAAAAUGAGUGUCAGGAAUCAUCAAAUUUCUUACCACAAAUAGAAUAAACGAAAAUAACUAAUUUAUAACUAAAUAAAAUGAGUUCUCGUAAAAAGAUUUAGAAUCGCAGUGGUAUAAUUAUCAUUUAGGAAUAAGAAUGGCACAGCUUUUCACACAGGAAUUAUUUGAAUUGAAGCCUCUAAUCAAAUCAAUAGAAAUAAAAGUGUGCGCUCAGAGUAGAAACGGUGUUAAACAAAUUCUAGCCCUUAUUACCAAAGAAAAUGAAAUAAUCUUGUAUUAUUGUUACGGAGAGUUACCCCCUGUUUUAAAAAGGAUUCCAUGGAUUGGUGAUAGUAGCAAAAACAUUCAGGCAGUAUGCUUUGAUUCUACAGCUACAUGGUUGUUAAUAGUUUGCUUGGACAGUUCAGUUUACAUUAUUCCAGCACUGCACAUAGUGGACAAAAAGCAAAAAAUCGAUUGCAAAUGGUCUCUAUCAGAUAUAACUCAUUUCCCAAAAAUAUCUUUACUACCAAAUGCCUUGCCUACAUCUUGUGCUUGGUGGCAAACCUUAGAAUGCAACCAAAAUGCUCUGGUUGGUUUUGAUUCAGGCAAUAUACUGCUAGUCAGUUUAACCGAUGGUAGAGUAUUAGGGGGCUGUUCCAUCCCCGAAGCUGUAACUACAUUACAGAUUUGCCUAGACAAUGUCAAAGAAAUUAUUUCUCUUUUGGUUACAGGUAUUACAGAGAGACAAUGGAGGUUAUUGUUGGAACAGCAUUCUAAUGGAUAUAUGUGGCCUUCAGACACUUCUAAUACUCAGAUAGAGGAAUCGGUUAGAUCUAAAUUUUAUACGCUUAGGCAAAUCGGUGUAGAUAAACUAGUUUCUUUAAGGCAAAGGCUUGGAUCUAGGAAAGAUAGUCAGAGCGAUACGGCAAGCGAAUCUUCGUGUUCUGAAGCUUAUCAAUCUAUUUCUGUCACGUCAGAUUCAACAGAAUUAGGACAAUCAGCACCAUCAACUUGUAGUCAGUCUUGCAAAGCUAACCAUGUUUUAUGUUCAAACACAGAAUUGGAGCUGAUGCCUCAGAUGGCUGACACAUUUUAUAUGUCACAAUCAUGUAAAAAUAGGCAAUAUUUUUCAGCUUUAUAUAGAUCAACAGGGCUUCUAACAGUACAUGCCUCUGAUAUUGAUUCAGCUCCUGUGCAUGUUUAUAGGCUAUUGCCAGGCACAAAUUCUUUACUAUUAACUGAUACUUUGAUUUAUUCAUUAAAUAGUUCAAAUACAAUUUCGAUUCUGAGCUGUCAAAUGUCAGAAUGUCGCUUAGAGGGAGAAACUGAAUUUAAUGAUGAUGCUUUGGUGGCACAAUUUGAUAUCGAAAACGAGAAUAUUUUAGAUGUGUUUAAAAUAGUUGAUAUGUCGGUGGAUGCGCUGCCACAGAAAUGCAAUUAUACAAAAAGUAAAUUUCAUCAUUUGAAGCAAAAAAGUGAUAUGAGUUUUCUUCGGCCUGCAAUCGAUACUUGUUUAAUAGUUACAGACAAAUCAGUAUAUAAGAUUAAUCUUAGAAUUCCUCCAGUACAAAAAUUUAUAGAAUAUGUAACAGAAGAAAACGAUCUUGAAAAAGCCGAAAAACUAUCCUACAUUUUUAGUCUUAGUUUUCAACGUCUUUUCGAACAUUGCGGUGAUUUACUUAUUUCCAGAGGAUCCUACCAUUCAGGUAUAAUUCUGUACAAACAAGCUAAAGUGCAUUUGUUGAAGAGAGUGCUGAAGUUGGCUGUUUCUGCCGAUUGUAAAACACUUCUAAAAUUUGUACAUUUGUGUUUGAGUGCGAGUAGAAUUGAUAUGAACAUAACGACGAGGAUACAUAUUGGAAAUGUUGCUGUGAUGUCUUAUGUGGAAUUGUUGUUGAGGAGUAACAGUAGUGAACAGAUGAGGUUGAAUAAUACCAAAGAUUUUAUGAAUUUUCUGUUGCAUGAGUCACAUUUUGACCCGAUACUGGCAGUGAACAUGACCUGUCAAGCUGGUCACUGGAAUAUUGUUAAUCUUCUGUCAAAAUGUCGAGGUUUGCAGGCAGAAGUUGUGGUAGCCUUUGGAAAAAUCCUACAUAACGAUUUUAUAACCAAACCAUCAAGUUUGGAUUUUUUGUUUGCUCUCUCUGAACCGACUCUAACGCAGAGCUAUUUGAUCUUGCCUCAGAGUGCUCAGAUUAUCUACCAUUACAUUCGCGAUAAUGCGGACACAUUUCCUACCGAUAUCCUGAAAAGACUAGUUGUUCAAUUGGACCCCAGUCAGCCUUGCGUGGUGCCCUUCAUAAGGGCCAUCUACCAAAACAACAGGGACAACUCCUUUAGCGAUGCGAACGCGGACUCGUUUGACUUCGAAACAUCGGACUUGUGCAGUAUCAUCAUGAAAGACUUAGUCGAAACAUUCCUCUGUGUUAUCACUAUUUUGAUUGCUAGAUUGAACAAAGUUAGUUUUAGUUUAAGUUUGCUUGAGACUUUUGUACCUGAAAGGAGAAUAGACGAACCAAAUGUCAUAAACAGAUUGCCGGAUCUCAAAUUUUUAAGUUGCGGCUAUGAACACGCAGCAGUUAUCAGAAAUAACUGUGUGUAUACAAUGGGUGUAGCAACGUCAGGCUGUCUAGGAACUGGACCAAUGUUGACAAACACUAGUGGACCUCGUCUCGUCAAUACUUUACAUGAUCUAAAAGUAACACCUCUGUCAGUGAGUUGUGGCCGAAAACACACUUUAUGUGCUACAGAUUGUGGGGUCUUUGCUUGGGGUUCAAACAGUCAUGGACAGCUAGGCCUAGGUCCUCAUUUACAAGAAACACCAUAUCCACAAAUGUUAAUAAGUAUAUCACAUUUAAAGAUAGUUGAUAUAUCCGCAGGUCAGUAUCACAGUAUUGCCCUAACUCAUACUGGGAAGGUGUACACAUGGGGUUGGGGUAUACAUGGGCAGUUAGGUCAUGGUAAUUGUGAUAACGAAUAUUACCCAAGGCUAGUUCAAUUUGAUCAUCCUGUACGACAAGUUACGGCUGGACAUGCUCAUAGUUUGAUAUUGACAUGCGACGGAAAAGUAUUUGGAUUCGGAUCUAACGUGUUCGGACAGCUAGAAAACUGUCACAUAGAUGCUAAGAAAAGUACUAGGCCUACGUGGGUAGUUAUUUUGCCUGAUAUGUACAUUCCAAUUGAAAAAAUUGCCACCGCAUAUUUUCAUAAUAUGGCUGUUACAGCUGAACAAAAAGUGUUCAUGUGGGGCGCCAGCCCUGAAGAAGUGCGAUGCUUCCAGCAGAGAUCCAACAUGCCGAAAGAAUCCAAAGCUGGUAAUGUUUUGUCCACUGAAUGUUGGAAAACGAGCAUUCAAAUGUACCAAUCGCAAACCAGGAGGCCUAUCAAACAAAUCGCCGUUGGCUAUCGACACUGCGCCAUUUUAGACCAAGGCAGAAUUUUCUGGGGAAAAAACAAAGACGACGAAUUGAGUCAGCCUAACCUAAAAGACCCUUACGAAGGCAUCAUGGGCCACAGAUUUAUACACGUGUCUUGCGGCUUGGACUAUACCAUGGCCAUAGAUCAUACCGGCCAAGUCCUAGCAUGGGGUACUCCGGCAAUGAUAGAGACUAUUCUGGGUGUAUCCAUGAACUUCGCAAGAAAAAAACAAGAGGAUCAGAUUAUUCUCACUAAAGGCACAAAGAGGGCAUUUAGGACUAAUUACAAUCAUCCUAUUUCUAAUAAUUUACCUGUUGAAAUAUCGGUUUUACCUGGUAUAGCUCUUACUUUCAACCAAGUGAGUCAGAAGAUACUUCUAGCCAACAAGCAAAAGCCUUAUUUUUUAAUGUCGACCGACAACAUUGACAUGAAGGCGAUAUUGAAGGUGAAAAAACGUUAUAAACUUGACUUUAUCAGCGAUAUCCGCAGUGUUCCUAAGAUAAAUAUCACUCAGAAGACUUUGCACCACGCUAUUCAAGGCUUUUUCGAAUUCUACGACGUAGAAAACGUAAUCAAACGCAGCACGGACUUGGACGAUUACCAAACAGCCAGCAAAGCUUCAUUUUUACACGGACACUUUGUGGACAGUUUAGGUUUUAGUAUAGAAGCCUUUAAAAGACACAUUUCCAAGUUAGACAUUGAUUUGCCUUCGUUGUUUACCUGUAAAGACUCUUACGAUCUCAAAGAAAAAGAUCAAGGUGUAGAAAUUAUAGUUAAAUGCCUUAAACCUGAACCCGAGAAGGAAAAGAACAGUAACUCGAGUUCACCAGCUAGAAUAAUGAGUUCCAGCUCCUCCCUGGAUAGUUUGAGACAGUUUGGUGAGGAGGGGGGUGUAGAAAGUCCUUGUGAGAGCGACAUCCACCAAAAUAUUGCGAAUUACGUUCAAUCUGUGAAGAAAUCAGAGUCUAAAGAUCAGAUUCCGAGACUGGCUGAAAGUUACAAGGAUCUUUUAGCUGAAAAAGCUGUUAGAAGACAGCAGAUGGAGAUUAAGAACAAGAAAGCCAAGGAGGUGCUAGAUAUAGCGUCACAUAUUGUCGAGUUUUAUAUUAAGAAGGUAUAUUGUUCGGAGAAUCACAUCCUUAUGCAGAACAUCUUGCUGAAAUGUAUUGAAUUUUGGCUUUCGCACAACCUUCCUGUUUUGGUGUUGGAGGAUAUUUUACUGAAGAACCUGGAUAAGUAUUUCUACCCUCUGUCUAUUUUGUUGUUUUGUAAAAAUUUCGAUGAGGAAGAUCUGGAAUUGAAGAAGAAUCAGGAUAUACCGAGGCAGGUGAAUUCUUCGGCGUUUUUGAAGGAAUUUUCGACGAAAUUUUGUCUGCAUCUGUGCUCUAUGGUUCUGGAAAAUGCGAAUAAGGCUUAAGAAUAAAUAUAGUAAUAAUUUUGUUAAAGGUAUUUGUAAGAUUACGUAUGAAAGUUCUAUUCGUUUGGAUAGGGCUGGGAAUUCAGAUUAAAUAUAGACAUAUAGAUGUCAAGAAUUUUUAUUUUGUCUCGAUAAUUUUGGUUGUGCAUAUAAUUUUGACUAAAUAAUAAAGUUUAAUGGUUGUUUUCUACCCUUUAUAGCUUUUACAUUGACUGCCAGAAAGUUUCUAACAAGUGAGAUAAAAAGUAUUGAGUUUUUCAAAAAAAUAUGGAGUUUAGCAUGAUGUAAUAACGUUUGUAAAUCGAUAACAGUCAAGUCUAUUAGAACAGCAUAUUGAAAAAUUAUAAUUUAGUUCAUAUGUGUCAAAAUUAUCAUAGAACAUGCUAAUGGUUUCGCAUUUCUUUUACUUAAAAGAAAUCUUUUUGGAGGUCUUUGUAAAAUUCGUAAAGAUAGUUUUUUAGUAAAAUAUUUUUAGUAGGGUAUUUGUUAAUUUGUGUGCCAUACGACUGAUGUAAAUUUUAUUUAAAACGUUGAAAAGUAUUUUUACAAUUGUAACUUAGUAAACAUUGUUAUUUGAAAGAUAUGUUAUAUUUAAAUUUAGAGCUAAAUUAUUAGAAACAGUAUAUUUUUGUCGUAUACCCGUCCAACGAGAGGAUGCAGAUGUGUCUGUCAUUUUAUUUUACAGGUAAAUUGUAUUUUCUGUCAUUUUUUGGAUGUCGUGUAUCGAAGUCUUGCAUGACUCGUUGGCCAGACUAUAUUUAUAGUUUAAUAAUAUUUAAUUUACUUAUACCAUUUAUUUUUUUUUAUUUAUAUACAGGGUGUCCCAGGCUG